ACGGCCUCCUCUCCAAUCUGCUUAAUUGUAAAGGGCUUCACGUCCGCGAAAUGAGCCCUGAAAUAAGAAAGAGACAGAAUGAAGCACGACGCUGUGCUGUGCGGCGCCCCGCUCCGCUCGAACAAAAAUCCGAUCCACCCACCCACCCACACGGAUAGAAACACAAUCACCAUCGGAUGCAGAGGCUCUCAUUUUUAACCUUCUUCUCCCCUUUGAAACGCAUUCCUGAACCCUGAUUGAUCGACAAAAAAUAUUAUCUCUGACGUGCUGCUAUUCAUCGCUCUCUCUUUCGAUUCUCCCUCCCUGGUUCGAGUUCGAGAGAGAGAGAGAGAAAGAGAAAUGGGUGCAUUAGGGCAGUAGAAGUGAUGUGUCACUAAUUAUGGCAUGCAUGGAAUUGAAAAGAUACCCCGUUAAAAUAGGCUGCAGUGGAUUGAGCCUCCUCCUAAAUAUUCCCAAAAUAGGAACAUAAGGAUAUAGUUAUACUCUCCUCUCUCCUCUUCUCUUCUCUGCAACCAUGUCUCCUUCUUCGCAAUCCGCCCUCUCCUCGCAUUCAAACCUCGAGUGUUUCUUGGACUGCACCACUCCUUUUGUCCCCUCUCAAAUUCUCCCAAAGACCUGCAUUAGGGACCUCAAUAGUCUGUGGCAUCCCAUAGACGACCAGAGAGAGACCAUGGAGUACUUCAACCUCGGAGACCUCUGGGAUCGAUACGACGAAUGGAGUGCAUACGGCGCCGGUGCUCCCAUCGUCCUGAGCAGUGGGGAGACCGUAGUCCAGUACUACGUUCCCUAUCUCUCUGCAAUUCAGAUUUAUACCAGCAAGUCUUUUGCUAAUUUACGGCCUUUGAGGGAGGACAGUGAUCAGGGUGAGUUCGAAGGGCGGGAUUCGUCGAGUGAUUCGUGGAGCGAUGACAGUGAAAGCGACAAGGCACUGUCUAGGUGGCCGAGCUAUUCGAGCCCUGGACGUGGAGGGGCUUGGGAUGCCACCUCUGAGGAUUCCAGUUUCGAUCAAGAAGGUGGAGGCCUCUGGCCCAUGCGUGAUCGGCUCGGUUACCUCUAUUUCCAAUACUUUGAGCGAUCGGCCCCAUAUGGACGGAUACCACUCAUGGACAAGAUUAAUGAAUUAUCAACGGGUUUUCCUGGAUUGAUGUCGUUAAAAAGCAUUGACCUUUCGCCUGCUAGCUGGAUGGCCGUUGCUUGGUACCCAAUUUAUCACAUUCCCACAGGGAGAACAGUGAAAGAUUUGUCUGCGUGUUUCCUCACUUAUCACACCCUCUCCUCCUCCUUCCAAGAAAAUGGGUGUGAGGAUGGGGAGGAGAAGGUUAGAGGGAGAAAAGGGAAUAUUGCUCUCCCUCCAUUCGGGUUGGCCACAUACAAAAUGAUGGGCAGUAACAACCUUUGGAUGAAUGGGAGUGGGGAGAGCAGCAGCAGAGACCAAGACCGCAUUAUCUCUCUCAUGAGCGCUGCCGACUCAUGGCUUAAGCAGCUCAGAGUCCAGCACCACGAUUUCAACUAUUUUGUUUCUCACUCCAACUUCAUCAUGUAAAUAUGUGCAUCCCUUUCUCUACUGCAAGAACUCCUCGAUCAAAACAAACACAACCCACCGAAAAGAACCUCCGAGACCGAAAAUUCGCUCAAGAAGGCCGACUUUCGUCUGCCAAGCUUUUUGCUUUUCAACUGAUAAGUCUAGCUCCAAACCACAAAAUAGAAAGAACCAUGUGGAGAGAGACAGGAAGAGUGUUUUUUUUGUUUUUUUUUUCAAGGUUAACUUGCCUCUAAACCCCCUGUUGUUUUUGUACACUCUGCCCCUAAAGAGGUUUGGGACCAUAUUAACUGGGUAAGGAAGGGAGAGAGACUCCUUUUUGUGUUUUUGUAGUUUGCUUGGUGUCAUAUAUGACUAAUCCAUGGAUUUCUGAUUUCUGACACAUUUUUAUUAUGAGUUCGUUGUUGUUGGUAGAUAAUGGGGGAUUUGAAGUUUGUCUGAAAUGAAGUAUGCUUUGGUGAUGA